UUUUAUAAACUUUUUCGAAAUAAUCUUUUAGAUAUUUUACAUCAAGUGACCAAAUUCGCAGUUUUAAUUAUACGCAAUGUCAUCCGAGCUCGUGACCCAUAAAGAAACCGUCAGUGUGUCCAUAUCGGCCGACAAAAUAAAUACAAAGGCAACAAUAGAUUCUCAAGGCAUCGGGGAUAGCAUUGUGGAAAAGCUUCCAAGUCCAUGCAACUCACAGGAGAGUUUCUAUGAAAUAUCUGAGGGAUCGUCUCACAACUCAUGCGCAUCGUUUAAGGCCCUUUGCAGGGCAUGGAAAAACCGGGCUGAACAUGAUUCCAGCUUGAGCUUACAAAACCGCAAUGAUGGCUUACAUUUGAAGGUGGACGAUUUGACAAAAAGACUCCAUGCGUCUGAUAAUGCUGAUGAAUCCAAAGAACUAGCUAAAAGCCUCUCCAUGUACGUCAUGAUGGAGAGUCGUCCUUUGCAGCUCACGGAAAGCAGCGAUGAAAAUAUUCCAAAUCGAGCUGGCAAAUAUUCACAACGAUUCUUUUCGCCCGAAGAGAUUCGUGAGGCAUAUACUAUCUUCAAACAUUGUGAUGAGAAUAAUGAUAGCUACUUAGAGCUUGCCCAACUCAAAUUGGCCCUGGAGAAACUUUCGGUGCCACAAACUCAUCUGGCUGUUAAAGAAUUAAUUGCCGAAAUUGCCGGCGAAAAUGUGACAAAGUUGAAUUUUUGUCAAUUUCUACUUACCUAUGCGGCAACUCUUCAAAAUCGUGGAGCAAAAGUCAGUCCAAAGAACGGCUCUAAUGCGGAGCUAUUGGCUUUAGAAGAUCCGAUAAAUGUGUCUAAGGUGGGCGUGAGUGGUGCAAAGCUUUUCUUUGAGGCCAAGAUUGCACAAAACUCGGAAAAGGUUACCGAGUUUCCCAAGCCAAAUUCGAACGAUAGGCAGUCCUAUUAAGAUAGUAUAGAAAAUCUAGUGAGCUACAAUGGUCUACUUAUAUAUUAAUUUAAGCUAAUAUUCAUAUUGAUGCCGACAAAACCAAAUAAAACUUUUAUUAAUUUGUAACUUUUGUAGCUAGAAAAUUUACAUUCCAUUUAAGCCUUGCUGACCUUGUACUGAGGCGAGUCCCAUAAAUCACGUUUCAAUAAAAGAAAACCAAAAUAUUUAA